AUGGCACACAGCAGAAACACCUCCAAGAACGGCAACUUGCCGGCUGCGAACAUCAAGCACUCCGCUGCUCCCCACCAUAUGCCGGAGCGUCAUGUUCACCCAGCUCCGUAUGUGCCGAGCCAUAGCUCUCAUAAUGAAUUCCUUUCAAUCUCCAUAUACUGAGUUUCGGCCUUGGCCUCGCAGUGCCGACUAUGACACCACCCAUCCCGUCGAGACGAGGAAGUACCUCAGAACCUACGGUCUCACCCCACCGGGUGUCGACACCUUCGAGACCCAGAGCCAGAGGGGUGAGAUCUACCAUCGAGGAGUGUGCGAUGGACGAGGACGAGCAUGCGCUGACUUACUUCAGCAAUGGCCAUUCUCAAUGCCAAGAAGACGCCGAUCGAGAAGUACCAGUAUUUGUCGGUCCUCCGCAACAGCAACAACCACCUCUUCUACCGCCUGCUCGCGGACAACAUCAAGGUCGGCAUAUUCCAAUGAACACAAGAGCAUGGAUCUGAGUUGAGAUUCUGACAAUUACACAGGAGCUCACUCCGUUGAUCUACACCCCCACUGUCGGUGAAGCUUGCCAGCGUUGGUCGGAGCUGUACACGCAGCCAGAGGGUAAGCUGCAGGAACCAAGCUUAGAGACUUAGCUCGCUAACGGACCUGUAGGUCUCUACCUCUCCUUCGAGGACAAGGGUCACCUCCACACCGUCAUCCAGAACUGGCCACACGAUGUCGAAAUCACCGUCGUCACCGAUGGCUCUCGCAUUCUCGGUCUCGGAGACCUCGGCAUCAACGGUAUGGGCAUCCCCGUUGGCAAGCUCUCCCUGUACACUGCAUGUGCUGGUAUCCAUCCCAUGAGGACUCUUCCGUUGUGCCUGGAUCUUGGUACCAGCAACGAGGAGUUCAGGAAUGAUCCGCUUUAUCUGGGAAGCAGAAGACCCAAGGUCUCACCCGAGGAGGAGAAGGAGUUCCUCGACGAGAUGAUGGCUGCCUUGACCGAGAGAUGGCCAAGCAUUGUCAUCCAGUACGAGGACUUCAAGAACCCAUUCCCUUCGCUUGAGCGAUACCAGGACACCUACACCAUGUUCAACGACGACAUUCAGGGCACUGGCGCCGUUAUCCUCGGUGGCUUUAUCAAUGCCGUCAAGCAGUCUGGCGUUGCUCCGCAGGACCAGCGUGCUGUCUUCCUGGGCGCUGGUUCUGCUGGUGUCGGUGUCGCCAAGCAGCUUACCGAGUUCUUCAUCAAGGAGGGCCUCUCCGAGGAAGAAGCCAAGAAGCGCUUCUGGCUUGUCGACUCCCAAGGUUUGGUCACUCUGGAUCGCCCCGGACGCGCCCUGGCAGAGCACAAGGUGUACUUUGCCCGUGACGACAACGAGGGUCAACAGUUCCAGACUUUGGAAGACGUUGUGGAAUAUGUCAAGCCCACUAUCCUCAUGGGUCUCUCCACUAUUGGUGGCGCUUUCACUCCCAAGAUUCUGGAGCGUAUGGCUGAGCUGAAUGACAAGCCUGUCAUCUUCCCGCUGUCCAACCCGUCCAGCAAGUCGGAAUGCACAUUCGAGGAGGCUAUCAAGUAUACAAAGGGUCGUUGCUUGUUUGCUUCUGGAUCGCCCUUCCCUGAGCUCGAGUGGGAAGGCAAGAAGCUCGAGCCCGGACAAGGUGAGUUGUCACCAGAGCGAAGUGACUCUCGAACAUUCUGCUGAUAUUUCAUUCUCAACAUUCAGGAAACAACAUGUAUGUCUUCCCAGGCAUUGGACUUGGAGCUAUCCUCUCCAAGGCCGUCAAUGUCACACAGAACAUGAUCUACGCCUCAGCUGAGGCUCUGAGCACCUCGCUUCUCCCCGAGGAGGUCGAAGCGAACUGGCUCUACCCCGACAUCAGCCGCAUUCGCGAGGUCUCUGUCACCGUCACCCGUGGCGUGAUUCGCGCCGCUCAGAAGGACAACAUGGAUCGGGAACUCGCGCUGCGUAACAUCAGUGACGAGGAACUCGACGAGUACAUCCGUCAGCGAAUGUACGACCCUUUCACAGAGCACACCAAGAUCGAUGACGAAGUGAAAGAUUUGGCCGGACAUCUCCGAGCGAUGACUACCAAUGGUUCUGAUGCAGCCAGCCCUGCUGCUACGAAUGGUUCGCGACGAAGCACGAUUACGGCGGGCCGGCCUGGCAAUGCUAACGGCCUGACUAGGGCGCCCGAAAGCGGAUCCAACAUACACGGCCAGGCUCUAACCUCUGGCGCUUAG